AUGGUGCAGAUUCAUCCUGUCAAAGCAUUACCGGUGGACUCCGGCAUCGGAGAAGUCAAGAGCUCGCCGUACUUGACGACGGAGCAAGAGAGUUUCACGAUUUGGAUGAGAUCUCUAGUGUACCAUGGCAAAGGCUGCACAGUUUUUGAUUCCAAGGGAAACUUACUCUAUCGUGUGGAUAAUUAUGAUUCCAAGAAUUGCAGUGAAGUUUACCUUAUGGACUUAUACGGAGAAGUCUUGUUUGAGUUUCAACAAAAGUUUGGAUUAUUCAAAUCCUGUGAAGGAUGCAACUCUACGGGGACAAGGUUUCGACUAAGAAAGAACUUCAAGAUUUCGCCAAGAGGUUCAUAUUCGUCUUACAAAGUUGUAAUGGAAUCUAGUAAAGAUGACCAACAAUCUUGUUAUAAGAUUGUGAAUCAUGGGUCGGUUUUCACAAUCGAAGAUGGAUCGGGAAGAUUAAUGGCAGAGGUUAAAAAGAAACAAUCAAACGUUAAUGGCUUGGAUUUUGGAGAAGAUGUAUUGACAAUGGUAGUGGAGCCACAAGUAGACCAUUCUUUCAUCAUGGGUAUUGUUAUUGCUUAUGGUCUUCUCAGAUGUUUAUUGUGAUGGAUUAGUUUUGGCUGUGGUUGAGCUAUUUUGUAAAUUUAAUGUUGUAAAUAAAAAUACACAACUAUUCACGGAGUCAGGACAUGCUAUGUUAUUAGUUAAAACUUAA